AUGGCAUUUACCGCGUGGGCAUUAACUUCAAGCAGUAGCUCAAUGCAGCAACGUCAUGCACCACGCCAUGCAGGGACACAGUGCAACUGCGCCAUACCACAGCGAUCCUGCAGCAAUGACUUCCAUCAAUAUGAUCACCAGACAUCAUCCACAUCAUCCACAUCAAAAUCAUUAUCAUGUCGUAAUAUAAAUCAAUCGUCACAAAGUACCCAUACCAUCUUACCACAGUUAAAUCAUAUGGCUACAUCCAGCAGAUACAUAGAUAAACCAUACCAAUAUACCACGCAACAAGUCAGUAUGCCACACCAUAUACCAACAUACCACACCACAUACACACCAAAACGUCACAUACUAACAUUACCACAUUCCAACAUACAACAUACCAACAUAUCAAAACGUCACAUACCAACACCACAUACCAACAUACCACACCACAUACCAACAUACCACACCACAUACCAACAUACCACACCACAUACCAACAUACCACACCACAUACCAACAUACCACACCACAUACCAACAUACCACACCACAUACCAACAUACCACACCACAUACCAACAUACCACACUACAUACCAACAUACCACACCACAUACCAACAUACCACACCACAUACCAACAUACCACACCACAUACCAACAUACCACACCACAUACCAACAUACCACAUCACAUACCAACAUACCACACUACAUACCAACAUACCACACUACAUACCAACAUACCACACCACAUACCAACAUACCAAAAUACCAAAACGCACCAAAACACCCUCCUGAUGACCACACACCUGUAA